CAACACCACCUCUACUUUCUUGGAUAUCACGACACGAGCAUUUUCUUGUCGGAUGUGUUAUAUCAACUUUUAUCACAAAUUGCCGCAACUAAAGAGAGUGGGAUUGCACAGUACGACUUACUGAAGAAGAUAAAAAUUGACAGUCGGAACAUCACGUAUUACAUCAACAAAUUAGUCGAAGCGGGGUUAAUCAAGAAAUUUCCGAUUUUAAAGAACUCGUGGAAACUUGUGUUGUCCCUUUUGUGCACGGACCCCACUGUUUCUGUUGGGAACAGUGAAGACGAGGUCACGCUGAACUACUGCGAGCAAUUUAAACACAUUUUGGAAGAGAAUAGAGGAAAGAAUGUGCCACAAAGUGUUAUAAGAAAAGAACUUGGGCUCUCUGGAUCUGCCAACAAAAAGAAAUUUAGUUCCAUUGGGAAGUUUGUGAGUCGCAAAGGGAUUGGCGUGUGUUACCAAGCGAGAAUAAAGGAUGGCGGGAGAAAGGUAUCGACCUUUUGGAAAUUGCAAGAGGACAACGCCGAAGUGAUGCCAAGUCAAAUUGGGAUGAGCCAAAUUGGUGGAAUUGAGAAUGUCCCCCAAAGCCAACUUUCACAACUAUUUCAAAGCCAAACACAAAUGAGCCAAAGCGUUGUGUCACAAUUGGAAGCUUCACAAAUGGCUCAAGGCGAUUCAACACAAAUCACUGAAAUAGCAAAAGAGAAUGAAGACGAUGAAUCGUCGGGGUAUAUGGGGAAAAACAAAGCACUGUUGUUUGAUUUAUACAGCUUGGUGCGCGAUACACCAGAAGGCGUGAGAAUCAAAGACAUUGCGACGAAACUUAAAAUGUCAGUGAAGUUGGCAACACGACUCACACAGUUUGUAUCUAACACCAAUUUGUUUGGAAUUUCUGUGACAAUGGAAGGGAAGUUGCGAUCAAAAACAGCUGAAUAUCGACUGUGGCUCAAAGACACGAAGAAGGAACCAACACCGAAAAAGGCCAAAUCCAAAAGCACGGUGAUCAAUGUCAAGAAUUCAUCAAGUGAAGAAGAGUUUACCGAAGGAGAUGAGAAGCCAAAAAGAGUGUUGAAGAAAUCGACGACUACAUUGAACAAAGAUAGAUCAAAUUUCAUCAAUGAAUAUAUCAAGAAGAAUGGUGUUGUGGCACUCUCAGAAAUAAGAAGAGAGUUGUCUGAACACGAAAGAGUUGUGGAACACCACAAGACCAUUGUUCGGUUGUUACAGCCCGGUAUCAUAAAAGAUGUGUUUGAAACGAUUGAGCUCAAAAUACCACUUGAGACUGGUGGGUUCCGAGCAACGAAAGUAGUGGUGAUGAAAGAUCUUGAGAAUAAAAGUGAAAAGAUUAAGGAGUACAUCAAGAAGUCGUCCAAAGUGAAACCGAUGGUCAAAAAGGAAGUUGAAACUGUCAUUGAGAUUGACAAAGAAAGUGUCAAGCAAGAAGGUAAAAAGGCUGUUGUAGUCAAGAAGUAUUUUCAUGGUCAGAUCAAACCAUUGAUGAUCAGAGUCAAAACCUGUUUUAUUGAAUUAUGGGAAUACAUCUUUAAGAAAGGAUCCCCGAUGGUUGAGUAUGAAGGGCAACCCGAAAUGCUAUUUGGUAAUGUACAACAGUGUAAAGAGUGGUUACUCACAACAAACUUCAAGAAGAUAGAAAUUGGGUUGAUGGACUUUGUUGAGAAUUUGGAAGUUGGGAUGUUCAAUAAGUUGAUUGGCAUUGCAAAGGACGCCUGUCCGUUUGAUGAGGAGGUCAUCGAGUCUGGGGUGUUAGUGAAACAGUUACAAGAAGACCAUAAAAGAUUCAUUUUAAGCAACAAAGUGUGGAUCAAACGAUUGAAUGUUAUUAUCAGUGUGUUGCGGGAUAUGCGACUGAUUGAGAGGAACUUGGAGUCCAAUCAAAGUGAUGGGAUGGUGCUUGUCUCUGUGGGGACAUUUUUCACGCAAAACACGAAGACGGGGGAGGUGAAAGCAUAUCUCACGCCAUUUGAAUCGAAUGUGUUAGUGAACCAAUUUUGGGUCAGUGUUGAAAUGAAAUCACUUCAACUUCCCACAGUCGACCCAGUUACAAACACUUCAAAUGUUGUUGAGAGUAUUGUUAUUGAGGGGCUCCAGAAUUUGGCCAUUUUGAGUAAAGCAACGUUUUGGCAGACUGGAUCGACUGUUUUAACAAAACCACAGCGGGCAAUGAUCUACCACCAUAUAUACAACCAAGACGACAGUUUCGAUUCGGAAAAGUUGUGCAGCGAAACGGGAUUUUCCGAACAACAGUUGGCGUAUGUGAUAAACAAGUUCAGAGAGAAGUGUGCGAAGCGAGGGCAGCCUGUUGUGGACAAGAAGUUUAAGAUCAGACGAUAUACAAUUCCGAUAAAGAAGAAGAAAACAAAGAAGGUAGCCGACAAGGAAUGGUCUAAAGAGGAAGACAGACGUAUUUUAUUGGCGUACCGCAUCUAUUGGUUUGAAAAGAAUGUCGAACAAAAGGAGGGAGACAGUCUACCCGAUUAUUUACCGGAAGGAAUUUUGAAGAAGUUGACGAAAAAGGUCAACGCGAAGAUGAAACAGAUCGAUCAAAGACUUAAAGAGCUUGUUGGACCGGAUUACCAAGAAUUUCUUGAGGAGGUCUUUGGUGAGAAUGUCGAUGACAUCGACGACAUAGAAGAUGAAGUAAUAGAAGGGAGGAGAAAAGAGAAGGAAAUGUUUGUGACGGACUACUCGAUAGAUUUUACUAGUGUGGAAGAGAGAGAUGCGAUGUACCAGACGAUGGCGUUGUUGAGAAUGCCACAAGAAGACGUCAAUAAAGCGGGGAUUGAUGUUAUUAAGAAGUGCGAAGAACUCAAAGCCCCUAUCAAUCAACUCUUUGAAGGAAAAUUUGUGAAUAAAGACAAGAACCCACUGAACCCAUUUUCUAUGGCUUUCACACAGAAAUUCUUGGGGAUGCUCGAGUCGAAGAAACUCCCCGUUUCAUUUUUUGAGAAGAUCACAAGUGACAAAGUGAAGGGAUGGGAAGUUAUUCAACAAUCCGAUUUGAAUUCGGAGACCAUUGACAAAAUCAUGAAAAUAUGUGCGUUGAGGGAAGAUUUCGACAUGUUCAUAUUUCCAUCGGAAGAGAAGCGAAGUGAGGAGAUGGGCAAAAGUGUUGUUUUCUUUUGUGAGACAGACACCAACAACUUUUUAUACGAGAAAGGGAUUAACUGGAGUAGUUCGUUGUUGUACACUGAAGAACUUGGCAUAUUCAGUAAGUCACAACUUGGAAUUCUGGAAACAAUUAAGUCGGUGUUUGAAAAACUCGAGGAAGUACCUGGGAAGCAAAGCCCCACACUGAAUGUAUUUGUUGAAAUGUUCCCAACACUUGCGAAUAACAAGCGAGACAUGUCGUUUGUCAUUGCUUUUUUGUUAUAUAAAGGUGUCAUUGUGAGAGAGUUAACGAAGCAAUUGUUCAAUACCAAAGUGAUACAAAACAACGAGGAGAACAAAAGCGAUGUGAUUUAUCCAUGGUCUAAAUUUGAUGGGACUCUCGACGUCGAGUUGUACAACUCGUUGCUGCAUCGAGUCAGGUGUUUUGUAUUCCGGUAUCCCUCCAUUUCAGUUGAAAAUUUGUGUAAGGAGUUUCCCUUUUCAAAAGAAGAGACUCUUUGCUUGUUGCAGCAGUUAGUGGAUGAGGGUGUGAUUGAAAUAAAGGCGAACGGAUUGUUUGAAGAUGGACUUUACCUCUUCCCGAAGUGUGACUCAUUCUUUGAAUAA